AUGCCUCGAGAUCCGCUCAUCGGCCUGGUCGGCAAGCCGUCGGCCGGUAAGAGCACAACGCUCAACAGUCUCACAGACGCCUCGUCAAAAGUUGGAAACUUCCCAUUCACAACUAUCGAUCCCCAAAGGGCAAUCGGCUACCUCCAAAUAGAAUGCGCCUGCGCGCGCCACGGCGUCUCGGACCGCUGCCGACCCAACUACGGCGCCUGCAUCGACGGCCGCCGUUCGGUACCCAUCGAGCUCCUCGACGUCGCCGGCCUCGUGCCGGGAGCGCACCAGGGUAAAGGCCUGGGCAACAAGUUCCUCGACGACCUGCGGCACGCCGACGCGCUGAUACACGUGGUGGACGCCUCGGGCACCGUCGACGCCGAGGGGAAAGAGACUCGCGGCUACGACCCGUCGGUCGACAUCGCCUGGCUGCGCGGCGAGAUCGUGGCCUGGAUCCGGGGCAACCUGAUGGAGAAGUGGGGGUCGAUCCGGCGGCGGCACAUGGCCAUCAAGGCCACGGCCGUCGAGACGCUGCAGGGUCAGUUUUCGGGAUACGGGAGCACCUCCAACGUUGUCGCGCGGGCGCUGGACCGGCUGGGCAUCAAGGAGCCGCUCGAGGACUGGGACGCCGAGACGAUUGACCGCGUCGUCAACGCCUUCACCGACGAAAAGUUCCCGACCGUCAUCGCGCUCAACAAGAUUGACCACCCGGACGCCGACAAGAACAUUGCAAAGAUUGCAAAGAUGCAGGACCCCGACACGAUCGUGCUGUGCUCCGCCAUCUCGGAAAUUUUCCUGCGCAAGAUGGCUAAGCAAGGGUACAUCAAGUACACGGAAGGCAGCGAGUUCGUCGACACGCGGGAGGACCUGAUCGAGCAAGGGGACCCCACGGGCGGGAACCUGAAAGAGCUGGACGAGAAGAACCGCAACCGGAUAGAGAACCUCAAGGACAUGGUGCUCUACCGCUUCGGGUCGACGGGCGUGGUGCAGGUGCUUUCCAAGGCGGCCGAGAUCCUGGGCCUCGUCCCGGUGUUCCCGGUGCGCAACACCACCUCCUUCACCUCCGGCGCUGCCGAGUCCAAGUUUGUCUUCCGCGACUGCGUGCUGGUCAAGAAGGGCACCACGGUCGGCGAGGCGGCGCGCAAGGUCAUGGGCGACGCGCCCAUUGCGUACAUCGAGGGCGCCGGCGGCCAGAGGGUCGCGGAAGACCACCUCGUCACGGUUGGGAAGAACGAUAUCUUGUCGUUCAAGGUUGGAAGAGCUUGA